AUGAAGCGGCUCGGCUACAAGAAGUCUCGUAACGGUUGCUUACAAUGCAAGCAGAGGCGCUGCGAUGAAUCUCAGCCUUGCUGCGGUGCUUGCCGACGACAUCAUUUGCCAUGCAGCUUGACUUUGGGCACCGACAGUAACCCCAUUCGCGAAGGCACUUCAGGUCAACGGCGAGCCCGCAAACAAAGACCAAGUGUAAAAGAGACCAUCCCUUUCUUUCCAAGCUUCCUCCACAGAGCAUGGCAUGCCGGCUAUCCAACCAACCAUACACAAGUGUCAGAUCUCGAGCUGAUGCACCACUACACCGCUAAAGCCUACCUUUCCGUAAGCCGGACACCCACUGCACGCGAAGCCUUACAACUAGCUGUGCCGCGAGAAGCAUUCUCUUCUCCAUGCCUUUUGCAUCAGAUUCUGGCAUUCUCGGCUUUCCAUCUGGCCUAUCUUAGACCUACCCAACGGCAUGCCUACUUACUCGCUGCCUCUCAACGCCAGAGCCAAGCAGUCAUACUGCUCAGCUCAGCCUUGGGGGAGAGCCUUACGCCCGAGAGCUGCCACAGCGCGUAUGCAAGCUCCAUGUUUCUCGUCAUCAGUGCCUUUGCCACGUUGCCCAGUUUUGAACUAUACAACCCCGCCUUCACACCCGUCGAUGCCCUGGCCGAUAUAUUUGCUCUCGUCGCAGGCAUGGUUGUAAUACUCCGUUGUUUCGAGAAGGAUCUUCGUGAGGGUCCACUCAAUGGGCUUUUCGGCCAGAGACUGCCCCUUGCCACUAUCCAGAGCCAUCACCAACCUCUCAUUGAACGACUAAGCUACGUCCGAGCUUGCUUGUCAGACGACAGUCUUGCAUCCAGCGGCGAGGAAACGUCCAUAGCUAUCAGCGCAUCGACUAUGCUCAUUGAGAGCAUAGUGGCCUCUCAACAGAGCAGCACUGUCUUGGGGACACCAGCUGAGCUAAGAGCAGCGUUCAUGUGGCCCAUUCGACUGGGGAAUGAGUUCCUCGAUCUCAUGAGAAACCGGAAUCCUCCUUCUAUGGUUAUUGUUGCCUACUACGCCGUUCUCCUGAGUUACUGCGAAACCGAAUGCUGGUUUUUGCGGCGAUGGGCCUUUGCAUUGAUCACGUCCAUCACCGAGUCGCUGAAGUGCACAGGAUAUGAGAAGAUGAUCACUUGGUGCAUUGACACUAUCCAUGAGCCUUCAGGAAGCCGUAGUGAGCUAUGA